GUGUCCGACAAGGGCUGGUUUUGGUCGGCCUGCUUGAGAAGGAGAAACGGAGCGACAAAGGGUCGAAAAUGUGAGUGUUGGAGGCUAAUAUAUGAGCGGAAGUGGCAAAAUAAGUGACGAAGGCCUGACUUGAAAUCUGGCUUGAAAACACAUGGCUCAAAAAGAAAUUGAAGAAAAUUACUGGUGUUUAACUUGCAAACGGGUUUCUUUUCUUCAAAUUACAUACGCGCCGGCGGUCUUUCAAAUAAGUACUUAUACGACGACGACCUGCACCUAGUAGAGUCGUGGCUGACGGGGCUACCUCGAGAAUUACUAGGAUCAUUAGUAGAGCAGUACCAGUAACGCGCGAAAGCGAAUACGAGUACCGCUGCUGGAACUUCUUCUUCGUUCUUACAACUAAUAUUUAUACGUUUCUUAGAGAUAUGACAUGAUUUUAGAGGCCUGUCAUAUCUCGUUCUUACACCUCUUUCUUGUGCCUUGCUUUUGAUUUUGUCCGUGUUCCUCACACAAUCAAUUAGGCUGUCGCCUAUAGUAAUUCCUCUCUGUCUGUGUCAAAUCUCUGUGUUGCUUGUGCUUGCGCGUUUUCCUUUGUUGAGGUAUCAUGCUCUGGUUUGAGUGAUAAGAUCUGAGUGUCGCCUUGUGUCCUGCGUCCUCUGAUGAGAUAAGCAUCCACUUUUCAAAAAGAGAGUGGACAGCCAAUGUCUAGCCUUCUAAGUCGCUUAACUUUAUUAAGCAACUAAACGCAAAAAAUCGUCUGACAAUAUUUGAGUAGCCUCCUCCCAUAGCAGGACUGUCAUAAGUUUUCCCCCUUUCUCUGAGGUGUGCUGCACAUCUAGAUUGGCUUCUUCCUUUACAUAAGGUUGAGGUUUAGGCCCAGCGGCGCUCAAAGCACUAAAUAAAACAACAGGUUAGCUUUUACCUCUAGCGUUUAGCCCUUCCAACGAACUAAUAUACGUUUCUUCUUCUGAACAUUGAAAUUCUAAGACUCUUGUCACCGAUUGCAGAAAAUGCAACUGCUGUGCGAAGCUGUGAUGAAGCGAGCGAGCGUCUGGCUUGUGCGUUUUUCCGAUCCUUCGAUGUGCUUGGUAUCUAUUUUUACUUCUUGGUAAUGACUGUAACAAAUUAGCCUUUGUUCUUUCAUCAUUCAUACUUAUUAUACAGCGAGAGCGAGGAACGAAACCAAGGUCUUAAUCCUCCAAUCUUGAAACUCAGAUUCUUGCGGAGAUUGGAUUGCUUCUCUUGUGGGGCUGUGCCUGCGCAAACGCUUUCUAUCUAAUGGAUGACGGCCGGAGCCAAGAAGCUGAGAAAAGUGGGAAUUUUUGAAUUUUUCGAGUAGCGUGGAAGGCAACUUGUUGCCGUGUAAAGGCAAUCAGAAGCAAUAUUGCUUUGCGUGAAAUUUAUAGAGAAAAUAUCCUGUGCAAGUGUAACUAAGGGCAAGUUCUUGUAUAAUUAUUGCGUUAGUCUCGAUAAUGUGUCGACGACGUUUACCUGUUUGAAAUUUGAAAGUUGUUUAUCUUCUUCAUCACUAUCACAUCACUAGUAUCACAACCGGCUGUACUAGUUGAACUUCGAAAUGUUAGCAACAAAAGUACUUCACAAGUGAUUAAGUAAUAAGUAACCAGUCAACACGCAUGAUUUGUAUCGUUAUUACCGACGCCAUCAGUAAAGCAAGGUGUCUUGUGUUAGGUGAAGAUGCUGCGGGAAUAUAGAUAAUGAGAAUGUACAGACCUGACAUGAUUGUAAUAAGCAUAUUGAGGCAUCACAUAAUAUUGUCAAAGUCAUCGAAGUAUUACAAGCAUGUCAUAUAAUUCGAUGUAGUGCGCCGAUGGGUUUUGUCUACUACAACGUAUUGUUUCUCCUAUCCAAUAUUGCACAGUCAGAGAGAAAUUGAAGGUAAGAUUUGUUUUGUCGUUUUGUCUUCAUUGAUUUUUACUCUUGCACCUGCUAUUAAAUUUGUCGUUGAUGAUUGAGCAUGCGCGAUGGUGCAUCAACGUGUACAAACAAACAUUCUCGACCAGUCUUCUUCACGACAGCAGUCGUAGAAAUAGUGGUCGUGUGCCGCGCCGCCGCCUCGUAAUAACGACUCCAUCCUGUGCCAUCUUAUCCACACAGGAUGAAGUCGUUAUUACGAGGCGUUAGUACAUGUAUAUAUACAAGAGGUAAACCAAAACGCUAUAGGCUUUUCCUAUAGGAGCCCUAUAGGAGGCUCUAUAGGAAACGCCUAUUAGGGCCUUCGUAUAGGGACCCCCUAUAGGACCCCGUAUUUGAGACCACGGACUUAUAGGAAGCCCUAUAGGCAUCUCUAUAGGCAGCCCUAUAAGGAACCCUAUAAGGAACGCCGCCGCCUCGUAAUAACGACUCCAUCCUGUGCCAUCUUAUCCACACAGGAUGAAGUCGUUAUUACGAGGCGUUAGUACAUGUAUAUAUACAAGAGGUAAACCAAAACGCUAUAGGCUUUUCCUAUAGGAGCCCUAUAGGAGGCUCUAUAGGAAACGCCUAUUAGGGCCUUCGUAUAGGGACCCCCUAUAGGACCCCGUAUUUGAGACCACGGACUUAUAGGAAGCCCUAUAGGCAUCUCUAUAGGCAGCCCUAUAAGGAACCCUAUAAGGAACGCCGCCGCCUCGUAAUAACGACUCCAUCCUGUGCCAUCUUAUCCACACAGGAUGAAGUCGUUAUUACGAGGCGUUAGUACAUGUAUAUAUACAAGAGGUAAACCAAAACGCUAUAGGCUUUUCCUAUAGGAGCCCUAUAGGAGGCUCUAUAGGAAACGCCUAUUAGGGCCUUCGUAUAGGGACCCCCUAUAGGACCCCGUAUUUGAGACCACGGACUUAUAGGAAGCCCUAUAGGCAUCUCUAUAGGCAGCCCUAUAAGGAACCCUAUAAGGAACGCCGCCGCCUCGUAAUAACGACUCCAUCCUGUGCCAUCUUAUCCACACAGGAUGAAGUCGUUAUUACGAGGCGUUAGUACAUGUAUAUAUACAAGAGGUAAACCAAAACGCUAUAGGCUUUUCCUAUAGGAGCCCUAUAGGAGGCUCUAUAGGAAACGCCUAUUAGGGCCUUCGUAUAGGGACCCCCUAUAGGACCCCGUAUUUGAGACCACGGACUUAUAGGAAGCCCUAUAGGCAUCUCUAUAGGCAGCCCUAUAAGGAACCCUAUAAGGAACGCCGCCGCCUCGUAAUAACGACUCCAUCCUGUGCCAUCUUAUCCACACAGGAUGAAGUCGUUAUUACGAGGCGUUAGUAUACCACUGAAGAACAAGUAACCUCACCGAAACCAAUUUUG